UGCCUGCUAAUCGCAUACGUUCCAGAUGAAAUCUACCCAAGCUCUGGUGCUUUUGGCGGCCCUGCUGGUUAGCGUUGUUAUCGCUGAUGGCGACGAUGAAUGCCCUCCCAAUGAGGAGUGGGAUUGGUGUGGAAUAACUUGCGAGGAGCACUGCAACAGACCACCAAUCAUCGUGUGUCCCUCGUUGGAAUGCAUUGAGGGAUGCUUUUGUAAGGAAGGAUUUCUGCGUAAAACCAACGAUGGGGGGAACUGCGUUCGGCGAAGAGAUUGCCCACUCCCUGGUGAGACCAUCAAACAGUAGAUUUAGUGGACGCAGAUUGAGAGUUAAAUAUGUUGGAUAUGCAGAUAUCUCCACCUCUGGAUCAAUUUCACCAAUAAAUAAGAUCUUUAUGCAUGUUCGUUUUA